CACUAGUGACAGUAGUCCAAUCCAAAUAGGCAAAUAACCAAAAAAAAAUAAUUUCUGAAUAUUAUUAUAUCAUAGUAUUUUCAUUGGUAUUUUAUAAAAGCAAACUUAUUAUGUAAAUGAUCCUGAACAAUUAUUAUUUUUAAAUGAAUCAAAAUUUCAGUUUCCACCAAACCUUUCAAACAACAUUUAUUCUAUUGAUAAUGAUUUAAGCAUGACUUGCAGAAAAAUAAUAAAGGCGUAGUUAUCUUCUUACUCAAAUUUAGAUCAGUUUUACAAAAUAAAAAGGAAAAAUGUCUUCAGAACAUCCCAAGAAAGCAGGAAAACUUGCUCCCCUUUCACCGCCUCCAAUUGUUGAUAUAUCUGAUGAUGAAUUAGUCACUAUUUCUGUUAGAGAUCUCAAUAGGCAAUUAAAACUAAGAGGCCUUUCUAGAGAUGAAAUUGUACGCAUGAAACAAAGGCGAAGAACAUUAAAAAAUCGGGGAUAUGCAGCUUCAUGUAGGAUAAAAAGGAUUGAACAAAAAGAUGAACUGGAAACAGAGAAAACACAGGAAUGGAAGGAUAUGGAGAAUAUGCAAGAUGAUGUGGUUUCAUAUAGAAAUGAAAUGAAUGAGAUCAAAGAUAGGUAUGAAGCUCUGAAAAGGUUUGCAGUGACAAAUAAGAUUAGCAUUCCACCAGAACUUGAACAAUUGUAGUAUUAAUUUUAUAAAUUUUAUCUAUGAA